AUGGGUGUGUUCAGCUGGCUGCCGUCGUUCAAACUGUUCGACAGCAUCACCGACACCGCCAGCCCGGAACCGGACGUCGUCGCUCUGCCGAAAAGGUCGACCAGUUCGAUAGGGAAUGAUUCGUUUGUGGCCACCCCGAGGGUGUCGCCGCGGGCUACGUUGACUGGGUUGUCUGCGAGUUCGACGCCGUUGGUGAAGAGUUCAGGUGUGGAUUUGCCGGUGCCACGGCCUCAGAGUCCCGUUCAUAGACAGACUGCUUCGUCGGACCUGCUGGCAUCGCAGGAGUCUGGUGAUACUCUAGGUCCGCUGCGACAGAGCUCGUCCAGACCCAAGGUUCGUGUUAGUAGCGAGAAUUCGGGAUCUGUGACAGCUGGUGCUGGUGCUGGUGCUGGUUCUACGGGCUCGGCUACUUCUCUCGAUCCGUUGACGGAUGUGAUAUUACAGCGUGCUCAGGCAGUUGGAUCUGCUUCGACAGGUCCAAUGGUUGGAAGUGGAGUUGGAGGUGCUAAUAACGGUGGUUCGGGCUUUAUUGCUGUGCUAGGUUCAACCGCUGGAACUGGAAACGCUAGAGAGAGUGGUACAGGUGCUGCGAAUCAGGACAACAGUGCCGUUCCAGACGGGUCCUCUGAGAACGAAUCUCAUAUUCCUCAUAGUCACAGCAUCAAUUUCGGUCUCCAUGGCCAUGUCAUUGGUACUGGAAAUGGGACUGGAGGAAGUGGUUCUGGAGGUGCUGGUACAGGUACUAGUGCCGGACAGGGGUUCUCUCGGUCUGUUUCUAUGAAUACUCUGGCUAGUACUGUUAGCAGUGUCGCAAAUAACGGUAAUAUCGCUAGUAGUGGCGGCAGUGCGAAUGGCGGAUUCUUCUCGUUGCUGAGAAAAUCGUCGGGAAGACCUACUACAGACGACGAACUGGAUUAUGGCCAGGCAGGCCGUGAUGAAGCCUGGAAGGCCGAUGUGGUCGGGUAUAUUCCCAACACACCAGUACCUCCAAAAUAUGUCCAUGUAAGAGCACAUCGCAAGAAGAAUCGAGAAUUUAAUCGAGUUUUUCUGGCUCAGGAGUUACGGCCUCCUUACUGUGAUCAAGAUCACGACGAUGCCAGUGCUAAUACUAGCACGAAUAACAGUGUCAGUGGUGAUAUUGGUAGUGGGGGUACGAAUGGAAGUCAAAGUAGUCGUGGUUGUCGAACAGAGAAAAUGAGCAACGGUCGUCGUUCAACGUCGAAAAACGCUAUUUGGUCAGCGAAAUUCAGUAAUGACGGACGAUUUCUGGCUGUGGCUGGUGAAGAUAGAGUGGUGAGAGUAUGGGAGGUGAUUUCUACUCCUCAAGAUCGAGACCAUGAUCGAGGAGGAAGAGAAAAAUCCGGCAGUUUUACUGGCUCGUCUGCAGCUACCUUUGCUACAUAUCCCGACUCUAGCGACUCGGAAGACCACCAGCAUACCAAUUCCCCAUUCAAGUCUAAAGGCGGAUUCAAACGCCGUCACAAUACAGCUGCAUAUGCUCCAGUGUUCAAGACCAAACCUGUCCGGGAGUUUUACGGACACACUGCCGAUGUUUUGGAUCUCAGUUGGAGCAAAAAUAAUUUUUUGUUAUCUUCAUCUAUGGAUAAGACAGUUCGUCUAUGGCAUAUCGACAAACAGGAAUGUUUGUGUUCAUUCUCGCAUUCUGAUUUUGUGACAUCUAUCAAAUUCCAUCCAAAAGACGAUCGUUUUUUCAUUUCCGGCUCUCUCGACUGUAAAGUCAGACUGUGGUCUAUUCCCGACAAAGAAAUAGCAUAUGAACGCGAUGCACCGACUUAUAUUACUGCCACAGCAUUUUCUCCCGACGGGAACACGGUUAUUGUGGGAUGUUUUGGAGGACAAUGUUUAUUCUACGAGACGGAAAAGCUACGUAAGAAGAGAGAAAUCCGUGUACGAAGUACCAGAGGACGCAACUCUAAAGGAUCUAAAAUCACCGGUAUAGAGGUUUUCCAAGUUGUACCACAAAAGCGAUACUCCAGCCGAUACGUUCAAUUCGACAACGACAUUAAACUGCUGAUAUCGACCAAUGACAGUCGACUUCGACUGUAUAAUUUACACGAUGGGUCGAUGGAAAUCAAAUUCAAGGGCCAUGAAAAUGAACAGACGCAAAUCAGUGCCACCUUCUCAGAUGACGGCAGGCACAUAAUCACUGGCAGUGAAGACUCUAGGACAUAUAUCUGGUCGAUUGACGAGAACGAUUUAUACGAACGAACCGGUAAAAAGAAAGAACGUCAGGAAUACGAAUAUUUCCAUUCCAACAAAUCCAUGGUCACAGUAGCAAUCUUUGCCCCGACUCUAACAAGGCAAAUCCUCGCUGCCAGCUGUGAUCCUAUCUAUGACAUAUGUGACCCUCCACCGGUCCAAUUAAAAGCAUCCACACCCAGUUACGAAGCUAACGACUCCAACGAAACGACAACAAAAGAAGCGCCAACAGCCACUAAUGACGACAGUGUGCCACUCAGCGAACAUAAAUACCCACCCCUGCGAACCAGUCGCAAAUCUCUACAUCGAGCAGGAAACAUUAUGGUCACAGCUGAUCGCAAUGGUAUUAUCAAGAUUUUCAGACAGGAUUGUGCUUAUGGACCUCGUCGAGUUCUGUUAGAAGCGACUCAAGCACAAAAAAAACGGUACAGCGGAAUAGCACUCAGUCCAUCGCAUUCUUGGCGUGAGUCUCUGUCUGCGUACAGAUCCAAGACCGCUCGUUCUGCUAACGGCGGUUCAUCAAUUACCGGCAGUCCCCGACCACUAACUGUUGGCUACAGCGACACAUCAUCAGCUUUUGAGAGAGGCCGGUCGAGAGCUGGUUCGUUAAUACAAAGUCGGUCAUCGUCAAGAGACGAUAGUUACUUAAUACGACCGUCUGCCAACGCACUUUCUGGACUCAACAGUCCACGAAUGCGACCGGUGAGUCCUGGUUCCAGCAGCGUUCACACCCUUCGAAGCUCGAACAGCCGUCAGAAACUGACUGACCUGAACACCGGAACCACAAACGUGCACCGGAACAGCACCAGCACCAGCACCAGCACCACUCACAGCGAGCCCCACGUCGAAACACUCGCAGCUCCCAUCCCCGUAUCACCACCUCUGCCCUCUCAUUCACCUCUGAGCACCGAAACAACACCCUCCAAACCGCCCACCGACGACCCCAACAGCAUCGUCUGCGAAAACUGCGGCUACGGCGAGUUCAUCGCCAAAUUCAUCUGCUCCGAGAUGCGUCUCCUCUGCUCCCGCUGCUCUCAUGUGUACACUCCACACUAG